UUAUGAAUUAUAUUGAUUAAGGUUCAGCACUGUCUAGAAAAGUGCCAAAUAGAAAAUUAUCUAAGAAGAAUUCUUUAUUUUAUUAGGUAUAAGUUUGAUAUAUUUAAAAAUAAGUAAUCAGUAUUGGAGAAUGAAGAGUUUUUAUAAAAGUAUGAGAAGAAUGUGGAUUAAUUACAGACAGUGAUAGAAGAGCCUGAAUUGAAAGAAGUAAUACAGAUAAGAAAUGAGAAAUUUUUUUAACUUUUGGAAUAAAUAAUAAAGGUGGAAUCAUCAAUAAAAGACUUUGCAAAAGGGUAAAUAAAUAAUUUUUUAUUAUAGAUAUUAAAAGUUUGGUUUUAUAGUAUCAGAUAAUGGUAUUACAUAUAGAGAGUGGGCUCCAAAUGCAUAAGAAUUAAAAUUAAAUGAGUAUAGUUGUACAACAGAUAAUGGAGGUAAUUGGGAAGUGUUCAUACCAAAAGAUGAUGAUGAUAAUCAUUAAAUAGUUCAUGGGAGUAUAUUAAUUACAAAUUUAAAUGGUUUAUCAAGAGCAUCAGUUUGGAGUUAAGUAAGGAAUGGAGAUUAAGCAAUAUUUUGGAAUCCUGAAAAUAAAUAUGAAUUGCAAUAAUAAUAAAAAUUAUAAUAAUAAUAACAAUAAAGUAAAGGAUUGAAAAUAAUUAAAUAAAAAAUAAAUGAACUUUAAAAUAUUCCAGGAUUCAAUGCAAUUUUAAUAACUUAAUAAGUAUUGAUGGCUGUAGAUAUAAAUUAAGUCAAUCCUGAAGAUUUAAAAAAGAAGAUUGAUGAACUACAUUAAUAAGGAUUAUAGGUAUUAAUGGAAAUAGAUCAUCAAUUAAUAGGAAAACAUUUAAAAAAUUGGGAUGGAAGUGAAUACUAGUAUGUGCGUGAUGGAACUGAUUAAUUAGAUUAUGGAAAAUGGGAAGUUUUAAGAUUGUUGUUAUCAAAUUUAUAAUUUUGGAUUUCAGAAUAUUAGAUAGAUGGAUUUAAGUUUUCAAAUAUUGAUAUUACUGAUGAUAUAGAUGUUGCUGUUUAUUUAAUGUUAGCUAAUGAUUUAAUUCAUGAUAUAUUACCAAAUGGAAUUACUAUAAUAACCAAUUUUGAAUAUCCAGCAUUAUGUAGAUCUAUUAAGGAAGGUGGAUUAGGGUUUGAUUUCAAAGUAUCCUAAUUGUAAUCAAAACAAUACUUGCCAAAAACAUUAUUCGAAAUCAAUUAAGAUGCAACAAGAGCCUAAUAAUUAAAUGCCCUAGUAGUCGGAUAAGUAAUCAUCUACCUAAAUAGUUUAGGGAGUGAUUUCUGAUACAAAGGAAAAUCAUUUCCUUUUAAUGGAAUCCUAACUUGCUUGGUUAGAAAACUAAUUUGCUGAAGUCAAUUUCAUUGAUUUUGUUAUUGAAGUUAAGAGAUCAAAAUAUACAUUCUUGAUAAAUCUCACUAAUUAAGUAUAAUCUAAAUUUCCAAUUAUAGAAUAGAACUAUUUAGCUGAAUUACAAAAUUAAUCAAAUCCUUUAAUAGGAAGGAUAUAAACAAACUUAGAUUGAUGAAAACUCUACAGAAAUUUAAAUUCAAUCAGAAUAGGGAUUGAUCAUUCAAUGA